UAAUGAAAGAAGAAUUGUAAAGAAAUUAAUCUGCUAGUACUUGUGAGAACAAUAAUAGAUAUAAAAAGGUUCCAUAUAAAAAUGCUAGGAGAGUUAAAAUAAAGGAGUCUAAAGAACUUUAAGAAGAUUUAUCUGAAUAUAUUCGUAAAAUAAUGAAUUUCUCUUUAUCUGAAUAGUUUGGUAAGGUUUUAGAAUAAGAGAAUCAUUAGAUGUAUUUAGAUGACUGCUUCUUAAAUCCAAAAAAACCUGAAAUAAUACCUAAUUUAUCAAGAAUGAAAUAACAUUUUCUUAAAUAAUAUCAAGAUUAGUUUAUUUGUGAGGGUAUAUAAGAAAUUCACAAUCAUAAAUAUGCAGUUUCUAAUAUUUUGUAUAGUGGUUUAUCAGCAUCAGCAUUGGCAUCAGCUAAAUGGCAUUCAGUAUAAGCAAUGAGAAGGAUGAGAGCAGAAAGACCUCAAUGUCCUGAAUUUAAAGAGUAUCCUCUUGAUAAAGAGUCAUUAAAAGAAAUUGAAUAAACUAAAAGUAAUAAAUAAAAUAAUAUAAUAUUAGAUAAGGUAAACAAUAAAAGAAGAGUUAAUUCAGAACAUUAAAAAGUGAAUGAAAAAUUAAUGUUAGAUAGAUCAUAAUCAUUAAAUAAAUAUAUCGAAAACAUCAAAUAAUCAAAUCAAAUUUAUACUAAUGUAUAUGGGUUAUAAAAGGGAGAAUAUGAUCUAAUUUUGGAAUUUGCAAAAAAAUAAAAUAUUAGUGUUUCUUAAGCUGAAAAUGAUUUUCAAUUUAUUAAAUCAAAGAAAAGUGUUGCCAAAAGUAUAACAUAUCAAGAAAAUAAAUUGAUAAAAAGAAUUUAAAGAAGGAAAUAUGUAGAUGAUGAUGAUGUAUAUGGAGUUAGGCCAAAUAGGAUAUCACCAUCUGGAAUUCAUCUUAAAAACAAAUUGAUAAUAUGAG